AUGUCAGGACAUAUCACCUCCAUCACUGACGGAGAGGCGAGAUCAGACAGCCGCCUGUCCCACCCAGUCCCUUCAUCCACUUCACAUUUUCUCGAUACAAGGAUCACGGCACUCCAACAUGAGACGGCGCAAAUCGUCCACAUCAAAGAGGACCUAGGAGAGAGUCUGGACAGUGCGAAAAUCAGCCCCGAGCAAUACAACCAAGAGAUCUACCCCAUCCUGAAAAGGUUUCGAAAGACCUCUCAAAUGCUGCAGGUCCUGGCCCGUCAGCGUUCCUUGAUCGAGGAGGGUUUUGAGGAGGCCGUGGAGAGCAUGCGGCAGAGAACCCUUGGGCCUUUAGAUGACAACAUCUUCGAGACAUUCUACGAGGAUACCAUUGUUCCCUGCGUUGUGGGCGCGACAGCCAAGAUUGGGAAGAGCAGAUCGGACAAGAGGUCUUUCAAGAAGGCAGUACAUCAAUGGUACAACGUGACCAAAGAGAGUCUGGCGCUAGUAUUCGGUAUGGAGGGAUUAACGGAGCCAUACUCCAUCUGCCAUGUUAUUGGAGCUGGCGUGGACUAUCCGUCCUCUAAACCAGCCUAUUUGGUGCCCAAGUCCUUGAGCCCUAAUGAGGUUUCACACAUAUUCGGGAUCGCGGAGGACGUCAUUAGCUCUGAUCCACAAAACGCUUUGCUGCUCAGCUACAACAUCAAGACCCUGUUUGACCAGGGUUUCAUUGCCAUCGUACCAGGUACAACCCGGCCAACUGCAUGGAGAUGUGUUGUGCUAGACAAUUCAAAGAAUAAUAAUCAUGUCUGGGGUACUUACAGGAGUGGAAUCCUCAGAGUGAAGGAUCUGGACAACCGCGAGUUGUUAUUCCUUUCGGAUGAGCGACCUCGUCCGAGGUACUUGUACUUUCGGUUUAUUGUCUCCUAUCUCCGUGCGAAGCGGCUUAAUCGAAUUGAUCCCACCGUCGAGGCCAAAACGUACUGGCCGCUUAGGGGCAAAUGGCUGAACAGAUCGACUUUGAAGACUUUCGCUAAAUGUGUCACUGGCUAUGAUCUCCCCGAUGAUUUCAUUACAGAUUACACAUUUGAGGAUACAAGGAGCGAGGCUCGGAAUCAUGAGGCAGGCAUGAUUCUUGCAGGGGACAUUCUCGAUCAAUUGAACCAUCCUGUCCGAGAGAAGGAUCGUUACUCUUACUAA